AACAUAAGAAAAUGAUCUUAAAACAAUGUACUAUCACUAUCCGUAAAAUAAGCUGUAAUAUUGUUAAUGUUAUAUUUUUCGUUUUCAGACUGUUGCUCCUGGUGUUUCUCCAGGAAGGCGGGACUGCUCUUGUGAAGAUCGAGGAAUUGAAGAACUGUGGGAAGAUGACGAAAUGCGGUGGAAUAGUUUCGAAUCAGACAGAAUCUCGAUCUGGAAGAAUUGGUCCUUGCCAGUGUGAUGAUAAGUGUGCUGAAUAUGGAGACUGCUGUAUUGAUGCAGUUCCUAAUUUGAGGAUGAAGGGAAGUUAUAAGUGGAAAUGUCUUCCCUUAAACUUGAAUAAUAGUAUAUAUGUCAUCUCAGAUUGUGGUGUAUAUAAAGGACCAUGGAAGGAAACUUGUGAAAAAGAUGUUCCUCCUGAUAAAUAUCACUAUACACUAGACCUUCCGGUCUUUUCAAAUUUAACAAAACUUUAUUAUGCUAAUAUAUACUGUGCUUACUGCCAUGGCCAGUUGAAUUUUGUUGUUAAUACACAUCUUUCAGUUAAUUGUAGUACCAACAUCACAGUUGAAAAGUUAUUGAAAACUGGAAUUUAUCAGAGAGGAAAACUUAUGUGGAAAGUUGAAAAUGGUUCCUGCAGUAUAUUUCCUGUUGAAGAGGUAAGAAAUAGAAGAUCUUGUGUUUCUUCUGUGUCUGAUUGUCCUUCCAAUACGGAUCCUGUACUUUCUUCCAAAUGCAAUUCAUAUUCAAUGAUAUUGUCAAAGGCAAAUGAGAUAUAUAAGAACCCUCACUGUGCAAUCUGCAAUGGCGUAAACAAAAAAGAAUUACGCUGCUGGCGUGGCCAUAAUUUCAGGGGGACCAUACCAAAACUUUCCAUAAUACUUAGUUAUGAUUGGAGUUUUCGUUCAUGUAAUGUUCCAAAGAGUAUUUGGGAUGGAUUACAACAGAAAUGCACUUCAAUCAGCUGCCCGAUUGGAAGUUCCUGUGAUGUUAACAUGUGUAAUAAAAGUGAUGUGUCCUGCAACAAUAUCAAAGAGUACUUAAGUCAGAAAAUUGAUGGUUAUUUAACUCUAGUAUGUAUGUCAACUUCUAUAAUUUGCCUCUUCUUGCAUUUGUUUAUAUCAAUAAUUUCACCAAUUCCUAAGACCCUACCAGCUAAAGUUCUCAAUUCUCUUGCUAUUUCUUUGAUGGUUGCUCAGACUCUUUUUCUGUGUGGCGUAUUUGAUGUGUCGAGGAAUAUUUGUCAAGUUAUUGCAAUUUUAACACAGUUUUUUUAUAUGACUUCUUUUUUUUGGAUGAAUGCUAUGAGUAUUGAUAUAUGUAAUACAUUCUCUAAUGCAUCAUUAAAAAACAGCUCAUCAAAGAGCCAUAUAAAGUAUGCUAUCUAUGCAUGGGGAGGACCAACCUUAAUUAUUACCAUCUCAGUCAUUGCAGAACUGACCGACUUACUUCCCAAGGAAUAUCGGCCUCACUAUGCAGCAAGGCCAAAUGUAUGUUGGUUUGGGAACAGUUUGCCUUUGGCCAUCUUUUUUUAUUUCCCUAUGUUUUUUCUCCUUUUAAUGAAUGUUGUACUGUUCACAAUUACAGUUUAUUGGUUGCAAAAGCAUCACAGCUCUUCAGAAAAACUUAAAACAUCAGGUAGAAAGGAAUAUAGUAGACUAUGGUUAUAUAUAAAACUUUCAACUAUAAUGGGAACGUCAUGGACAUUUGGUCUUUUGGCAUCGAUAACUCGCAUUCCAGGUUAUCGUUACCCUUUCACUAUCUUAAAUGGUCUCCAAGGAGCAUUUAUAUUCAUAAUGUUUGAUUUAAAAACAGAUAUUUUACCCAUAUUUUUAAAAAAGAUUGGGAUUGAAACUUUUCGAAGCAAAGGCUCCAUCCAGGGGCAAACUGACAGAACAAACUCAAGCCAAUUAAGCUCAUCUAGUAAACAGUUAAAAUAUCAAACAGAAAAGAAGGAUGACAGUCACAACUAA